AUGUCUGAUUCCUCUAGCUCCGAAUCAUGCAACCCUAACAGGGAAUAUCCUGUGUCUGACUCUGCAAAUACCUCACAUGCAAGAAGACCUAAAGAAACGGUCUCAGGCUUCUCCUCAGCACUCGCGCUUGAUGAACAAACUAGAGAAGAUUCCAGGUAUGUUCACAAUUCCAUUGCAACGUUGGUAACUGGAAUCUUGUCUGGUAAUCAUAAGGUUCUUGGGGUUUCAGUUCCCCUAAACACGAUUGUACCAGAAAAUGAUGCGUGUCAAGAAAAUACAGUUUCCUUAGCAAAGAAUGUGUCUGAUGAGGCUGAGCAAAUUGAUGCUCAUGAGGGGUCAAAUAUUGAAAAACCCUUAGAGAAUGUGGGUAAUGAGGUAGUCCGUGUCACUCAUGAUGUCAGUGACAACCCUAAAGCUGACACAGUUGAUCUGGAAGAACUCUCUGAUAAUGAACUGUGGAAGUAUAUGUAUCACAAGAGGCUGGCUUUAGAAAGGGAACUGGCUCAGAAUGUCCUAGAAUGUAAGGAGAUUGUAGACCCGAUUCAAGAGGCAGGGUUAAUGAAAACUGUGACUCAGCUCUCAAAGUUCUAUGAGACUUUAGUAAAGGAGUUUAUUGUCAAUGUGUCUGAAGAAUAUGCUGAUAGUAAGUCUAGGGAGUUCAGAAAAGUAUAUGUGCGAGGCAAGUGUGUGAACUUCUCUCCCUCAGUAAUCAACAUGUAUUUGGGAAGACCUGAUGUAGCACAACCUGAGCUUGAGGUGACUGAUAACAAAAUAUGUCAAGUCAUCACUGCUAAUCAAGUCAGGAAGUGGCCUCUAAAAGGUAAGUUGGUGGCCAGCAAACUCAGUGUCAAGUAUGCUAUGCUGCACAAAAUUGGAGCUUCCAACUGGGUGCCCACCAAUCACAAAUCUAUAGUGGUUGUGAUGCUUGGAAAGUUCAUAUAUGCUGUUGGAACCAAAGCCAAAUUUGACUAUGGAACCUACAUUUUUUAUCAAACCAUGAAGCAUGCAGGAAGCUUCAGUGUAAAGGGGCCCAUAGCCUUUCCUUCCCUCAUAUGUGGUAUUGUGUUGAAUCAAUUUCCAAACAUAUUGACAGAGAAUGAAUUUGUGAAAAGAAGAGAGAGUCCUUUGGCCUUCAAUUAUAAAUUAUUCCUGGGUAAGCAUGUCCCUGACAUUGCCAUGACAACAGGAGAGACAUCCAGUGUUUGCAAUCAACCAGGCAAAGUUGCUGUGAUUGCCAUACUCAGAGAGACAUGCAAGGAGCUAGAGGCAAGGAAGCUCACUUUGGAAAAUUUGAUUAUCAAAUUGGAGAUGUCUGAAGCUGCUGAGGCUACAGAAGGAGUUGCAAGGCAAAGUGCAGAGGGUGGAGAGGAUGCCAGUCCUGAUGAUGGCACUGAUGAUGAGGCUGACUCUGAGUCAGAUGAUUAA